CUGAUGUGUCAAUUUUUCCUUGUCUUAGUUUAAAAAAAAUCGCAGUCUUGGUUAAGUAGGGGUGACCCCUUCUGCCAUACAUGUAUUUUAUAAUAGAGGGGCUUAUCAAUAAUAUAUUCAUACUUGGGAAAACUGUCAAAUAGGUCCUCGAACUUUCAUAAAAAAGUCAAUUAAGUCCUUCUAUAGGAGACUCUGUCCGGUCAUCGCGAUUUGGGGCGGUUCCCGGUGGAAUUUUUUGAUGAAAUUUUUAGAGCAUCUUAUUCAUCAAGUCUAGUUUACUCAUACCAAAUUUUAGCUAAAAUUUUAAUCGGGAGCACAUUCAAAUUAAUUCGAGAACGCAAAAAUGCGCAGUUAUCUUCAAGAAUUAAUUUGAAUGUGUUCCCGGUUGAAUUUUUAGCUGAAAUUUGGUAUGAGUAAACUAGACUUGGUGAAUAAGAAGCUCAAAAAAUUUCAUCAAAAAACUCCAUCGGGAACUGCCCCAAAUCGCGACGGCCGGACAGAACCUCCUAUAGAAGGACUUAAUUGACCUUUUUAUCAAAGUACGAGGACCUAUUUGACAGUUUUCCCUUCAUACUUCGACUAAAAGUGUCAAAUGCCUAAACCUCAAGGAGGUAUUUGAAAAUAACCCAUAUUGAAGUGUAUUUUGACUAUUUUCGACUCAUUUUAUCACAUUCCUUCCCAGACAGUAAUAAUUUGCGUAUAGUCCUAUACAGUGUACACUAUAACAAAGCAAGGCAGUACAGCCCUCGGAUUGUAGACCCACAGUUCAUCUUCGUCGUUCAAUCUAGGGCACACCCCAUUCCCUCUCCCGACAAGGGAAUCGAACCCGGGACCCUCCUUCUCUACCACGUCCGGGUCGCCCCCGACCCGGCCCGCGAUGACCCGGCAUACCAACAUCGCCCGCUUCACGCGCAUAAACUGGAACUCCUCCUCUAUCUCCUCCGGCACCGCCCGGUGGGCCUUCCACCCGGACGACUGCGUCGAGAUUCCGUCCAUCUUGGCGGAGAAUCCGCUCCUGAUGAUCCCGCACGCGCUGCAGAACUGGUAGCUGCACGCGCCGCCGCCGGAAACACCGCGGUUUAAGUCGCACAGGAAAGUGGAGCAGUGGAAUCUCAACAACUCGUUUCCGUCGGCGAUACACCGCGCGUCCCGCCUCCUCCCGGCUACUUCGCGUGCGGCUUUCGACUUCACGAACUCUCUGUAUUCUUCAAACCGGGCCAGAAUCUUCGGGCUAUUAUGGAUCUUCAGGAUCCGGUGUACAACCGGAUUCUUGGCUAUGGCGGGCCAACCCGUCUUGAAUAUAAUCCGAACGACAUUGUGGCCCGAAUCGCGGCCCUCGAGCUCCCAGAUCGCGUGCUUCACAAACUGAUGCUUCUCGAGAAGGCCGGCGACGAGGAAAAUCUCCCCGCAAAGGCUACAGGGAUAGAUAUUGGGUUGACCCGAUGGGGUAUCGAAAGCGGGUCGACCCGAUAUGAGCUUCUCCGGCGAGGCUAAAGGGGUGAAGAUGGGCUUUGCUAAUAAUCCAGAAGAGGAACAGGGAGACGGCCGGGAGGAAAGAUUAGGCGCCUGAGGAGGGAGGACGCAGCGGAAGAGGCGUUUAAUGAAGAACCAAGAAACAGACACAGCUCCGGCGGUGGUGCGGUGGUGUUCACGCCGGCGGCGGUGGGAGGCGGAGGAGGAGAUGAAACAGCCAAAGUGGAGGAGUAGGAGGCCAAGAACAGAUAAGAAGCUGGAGAAGAGUGGAUGUUUAGCCAUAUAAACUCCGGCUAGCGAGUCUGCAAGUGGCCGGAGCUAGUGAUGUAUAUACUAUAUAUACAUAUUUACGGGAUGUGUUGCUUUGGGGGAGGUAAGAUAUGAUUGCAGAUAAUGAUAACUGUCGAUGGAGGUGGGCGGGAGAAUGAAAGAGGUAGGGAUAGAAUUAAAGGAUGACAACUAUCUCAAGAGUCCAAGCAUGGCAGCACACUUAAUUAGAGUUAAUUAGGAGAACCUGAACUAGAUUUUAAUCACUGAGAGAUCAUUAGAGCAACCCCAAUGGGGGCUGUCUAGUGUAGGUUUAGUGCGCCACUUCAUCGGAAUUAGACAGGAUCCGUGUAUACAUAUGUCCAAUGCGUAUAGUCCUUUGCUGACAUGGCAAAAAAAAUCUACACACUGUGAUGGAGAACGUUUGAUUGUAGAAACCCGUCGAAACUUGCUGACUAGACAAAAAUCGGGCGCGGCUUCACAAAAAACUAGACAAAAUUUAGGCGCGGCUUCACAAAAAAAAAGAGGGAAAUCGAAAACUCAAAGCUAUCGUGAACUCUGAACACUCUUGCCGAACUGCCACAAAUAGUUCUCUCUGGUGUUUCCAUCACCGAAGAAGCUCUGGGUUCUCUCAAGUCUCAACAAGAACGGGUACAAUUUGACAUGGAUUCAGGGUCUAAUCCGUUCCCAAGCUCCCAACAUCCCAACCAUGCUAACCUGUCAAACCAAAUUCCAAAUCAGUUUACUCCCAUAAGCCAUCAGUUUCAGCCUCCAUAUCAGCUCAAUCCAUUAAAUGGUUCUUAUCCUCUUUAUAAUAUACCUUAUGGAUCUCAAUUCUCAUUCCAAAAUCUCUUAAACACUCCCAUUAUUUCAAGUGAGCCCACUGAAACACACAGUUCACACGGAGGAGGGAGAAGGAACCCCAAAGUUGUCCAUGAUAGUUCCAAUACUUCUCAACCUUUCACUCCUAAAAGAGAUUAUUGGAGUUCAGAAGAAGAUGUUGCACUAACAACAGCAUGGCUAUCUAUUUCUAUGGAUCCUGAUGUUGGUAACAAUCAGAAACUGACAACUAUGUGGGAGCGAAUCUUACAAGUUUGGAGGGACAUCAUGGGAGAUAAAUUUACUAAUGCUAGAAACAGUAACAGCAUCCAAUGUCGAUGGAACAAAAUGCAGAAAGCAAUCAAUAAGUUCCACGCAAUUUAUGAGAAACUUGGAAGGCAUCCUCAAAGUGGAUCAAAUCCAGAAGAUUUAAAAACAAAUGCGUUGAGAAUGUAUGAAAGGCUUUCAAGCAGUGGUAAUAAGAAAAAGGAAUUCAUGUAUGUGCAUUGCUGGGAACUUCUGAUAACGAAUCCAAAAUGGUGCACAAGUCAGCUCUCAAAGUCAUCGGCAGCAGAUAAAGAUGGUUUAGUCAAUGGUAACACAGUGGUUACAAAUAAGAACACACCUAAUGUGCGCAAUUGUUCUGUGGAGCCUGAGAAACUUACAUGUGAUGAUGUUGUGCGGCCAGAGGGAAGGAAGAGUUGUAAAGAAAGAAAGCGAAAGUUGAAUUCAGAAAAUGGAGUGAUAGAAGUGUUGAGUAAAUUACAGUGUACCUUUGACAAGCAAGUCGAAUUUAAUAUGGCAGAGAUGGAGUUGAAGAAGGAACUAAUGAGGAAGGAGAUAGAACUAAAAGAGAAUAGUCAAAAAAUGAAGAUGAAGGACCAAGAAAUGAGAGAGCGAGCCCAAAAAAGGUUAGAACAAGAACGCGUUAUGAAUGUUGAUUUGAGUAAGCUAUCACCUACUGCCAGAGCUACAUAUGAAAUGUUACAAGCUCAAAUAUCAAAGGAGUGGGGAAUUGGCAGCUUUUAUACUUGAAUACAUAGGAUAUAUAUUAAUGCAUUUUAGUUUCAAACAUGUCAGUUUCAUUUUAUUUCAAAGACUAUUAUUCCUUUAAGCAUUAGUGUUUUAGAUGGUUUAGUUAUAUAUUUCCUAAAAAUAUAUGAACCUUGUUUGUUUAUUAAUAACGUUAUUGAUUUGUUUGUUUU